AUGAGCCGCGCGGAGCACUCCCGCGAGCCGUGCCCGCACCGCAUCCUCGACGACAUCGGCGGGGCGUACGGCAUGGGCGCGGUGGGCGGCGGCCUCGUGCACCUCACGAAGGGCGUGUGGAGCGGGCCGCGUGGCGGCAAGGUCUCGCACGGGUUCCAGGCCGCGCGAAUGAACUCGCUGCGGCUGGGCGGGUCGUUCGCGGUCUGGGGCGGGCUGUUUUCGGCGAUUGACUGCUCGCUGGUCGGGAUUCGGAAGAAGGAGGACCCGCUGAACGCGGUGAUGGCGGGGGCGGCGACGGGCGGGAUCCUGCAGCUGCGAAUGGGGAUGAAGAGCGCGAUGCGGUCCGCGGCGUUCGGCGGCGUGCUGCUGGCUAUGAUCGAGGGGCUCGGGAUCGUGAUCUCGCGGAUGGCGUCGCCGCCGCCGCAGGGCGGACCGCCCGCGAUGAUCCAGGAACAGUUCCAGCAGCAGCAGCAGCUGGCCGUGGAGGGCCCGCAGGAGCCGCAGCCGGAGGGUGUUUGGAGUAAAGUCACAGGGUGGCUCGGCGGGGGCGAGGACGACGAGAAGCCCGCGCCGCCGACGGCGCCGAAGGACCUGUCCAACGACAAGUACGCCGCGCCCGCGAUGCCGGACUUCACAAGCGGGAAGUGA